AUGAGCAAUUCCCGAAAAAGGUUAAUUCGUAAUUCACCUGAGAGUAAAUCAAAUCAUACAGAAGUUCUUUCAGAUAUUGAAGAAGAGUAUAAUCUUAACAAUUAUAAGUACGAUGCCAAAAGCAAAAAUGGUUAACAAAAAUAAAAGCAGCAAUAAUAAUAAGCUUAAAAAUAAACUCAAUAAUCAAUGGGGGAAAAAUAAACACCACAGAUUUCUGAUGUGUUUCCUAAUUAAAAUUAGUCCAAAACUAAUUAACCCUAGAAUUUAUCAUAAUCAUAAAAAAAGCCAUCCGCUCAAAGAUAGCCUAAUUAACCUAAUUAACCAAAUCUAUUUUAAUUUUUUGGAAAAAGUGUUCUUCUUAAUCCCUCAUAAGGUUCAUAAGGAAAAUUAAAAGAAUCCAUAAUAAAACGAUCUAAUGACAUUAAUGUUGAUGAUAUUAAUAUUCAAGAAUAAUUUGAAAUAGAGAGAAAAAUCUAAGAAUAGUAUAAGAAUAAAUAACAAUCUUAAUAGCAAAUUCAACCAUAAUCGUAAUAACAAUAAACAUACAGACAAAAAUAAGAUCCAUAUUAGGACAGCGGAAAUGAAAUAAUUGAAAAAUUAAAUAGGAUAGGUUUGGAUAAAAAUAAUAAAAGCACAUCACCUAGACACUUAGGACCUGAUAUAAAAUAAAGUUUUGAAAUCCAAAUUGAAUAAUAACCAUAAGCUAAAAAAAAGAAAGGAGCUGUCAACAUCACAUGGGAAAAACAAAACUCAAAAGUCUUAAAGCCUGAAAAUAAAAAGUAAAUUGAAUAAGAACAUCAACCAGAAUUUAAAAAUGAUCCAGAUUUACUUAAGGGUUUAACAAUCGUUUUGAGUGGUUUAUUAAAUGUUUGCAGUAGGGACAAACUGGAGUAGUUCUUAAAGAAUAAUGGAGCUAAGGUCACUGGCAGUAUUUCUGGGAAGACUAGCUAUUUAAUUGUGGCAGACAAGUUAGAAGAUGGAAGAAAAGGAGAAGAAGGCAAUAAAUUUAAAGAGGCUACAAAAAAAGGAACAAAGAUUGUAAGAGAAAGUGAGCUAAAUGAUUGGCUUAUUGAUAAAAUAGGUGUUGGAAUGGAAGAGAUUUUUCCGGACUCGAAUUUAUCUAAAUUGUACAAGAAAUCAGGAUCCAAGAAAUAGGAUUAGCCAGAGAAUGUAAAUUUAGAUAAGAAUCUUAGCUUAGCUGAUAAAUACAUGCCAAAAUUAUUGUCUGAUUUAGUUGAUAAUAAAUCAAGUGUAACUCAAUUGAAUGAUUGGAUAUACAAAUUCUAGCAUCCAAAUUCAGCAGAGGAAUAAAAUUAGAAAUAGAAGAAAAGAUUUAUACCCCUAAAAAUGGGUAGAUUCUAACCUGUUGGAAAUAUUACGUCUAAAGCAUGUAUAAUAAGUGGUCCUCCAGGAAUUGGUAAGACUUCAAUGGUAAGAUUAGUAGCCGAAGCUUUAGGAUUGAAAUUAAUAGUAAACAAUGCAUCAGACAAGAGAAACAAAGGAAGUUUGAGAUCUGUAUUAAAUGAUUUGGUUGACAACAGUGUGCUUAUGAAUCUAUUUAGACCUAACAAGGACUUUAUAAUUGUAAUGGAUGAAGUAGAUGGAAUGACUGGAUCAGAUAGAGGUGGAAUAUCGGCUUUAAUAGAAUGUAUAAAAUCCACUCGAGUUCCAAUUGUUUGUAUUUGUAAUGAUAUUGACAACUAAAAAUUAAAAUCGUUGUUAGCUCAUUGUUAUAGUAUUAAAUUUUAGAAGCCAGAUGCAAAAUCAGUUGCAAAAAGAUUAAAAUACAUUUGUGAAUAAGAGAAUAUAAAUAUGAAUCUUGAAGAUCUCGAAAAAUUGGCUAUAUGCUUUGAUUGUGAUAUCAGAUAAAGUAUUAAUAUGUUGGAAUUAUAAAAAUUGUAAUCAAAAGCAAAGAUGUUCUAACCGAAUGCAUUCAAAAAAGAUAAAGUCUGUGUUUUUAAUACAUUUAAUGCAGCUUUAAGUUUACUCAAUAGAAAUCAAAGAAGAUAGAUGUCACUAAGAGAUAUGCUGGACAUGUUCUUCUUAGAUUAUGACUUAAUUCCUCUUAUUAUUUAAGACAGUUACAUUUUAUCGCAUCAUUCAGAUAUUAAUAAUGUUGCUAAAGCAGCUGAAUUAAUAGCUGAAGGAGAUAUAAUAUCAAAGAAAAUUCGAAGAGAUCAACAAUGGUCAUUAAUGCCAUCCUUUGGAUUCUUAUCAAGUGUCUAUCCUUCGUGUAUUGUUGGGGAAUAGAUGGAUUUUCCAAAAUUCCCAUAAUGGUUGGGAAAGAAUUCAACUGCCAGUAAAAUUAGAAGGGAAGGACAUUAAAUAAAAAAUAGAAUAGCUCCAAUUACUUAUUUGACAUCGGAUAUCAGAUUGUAUUCUCACUAUUUGUUUUAGUUGAUAAAACAAUUUUUAGAAUUAAAAAUAGUUCGAAAUGAUAAAGAUGCUGUUUGGAGUGUAGUUUAAAUUAUGGAAGAAUAUCGAAUUACUCCUGAUUAAUUGAAAGAAGAUCUUCAUGAUUAAGUAUUCAACCCAUUGAAGGAUAAUUUAUUGAGCACUAUUAACGCUCAAGUCAAAACGCAAUUAACAAAAAUGUAUAAUAAAAGACAUGUAAUAUUAAAGGAAAAAGCAGCUAAAAGAUAAGUCAAUGCUGAAAGAUAUUUGAGUGAAAAUUAUAAUCCUUUAAUUGGUGAAGAGGCACCAUUAGUUGAAUAGUCUUAAAAAGAGAUUGAAGAAGAAGAAAACAAAAAUGAAGAAGAAAAUACAAGAGGUUCAAAAGUUAAGAAAACAAAAAAACAAACCAAAAAAUAAGCUAAAAAAGGGACAAAAAAAAGAUAAUUAGAUGAAGAGAAGUCAAUUGAUGAAGAUUCUCUAGGAUCUAUGAAUAAUUUUAUUGUUGAUGAUGAAGAUGAAGAAUGA